AUGCCGACUAAAAUUGAAGGUCGAUCAUCACAUCAAGAUUUAAUUGAUGAUAUAGUCGAAGCACCAUCAUCAUCAUCAUUUAUGUCGACAUCAGCUUCAUCCAUAAUGAUAGAUGGUUCAAAAACAUUACCAAGUAGAAGUUAUUCGAGUUAUUCAAAUAUUCCAAGUUUAUUUAAUAAUAAAACAAAACAUGAACAAAUUGAUCAAACAACGACAUUAACUAAUGAACUACGUGAUCGUCUUCAUUUAACAUUACCACGUUCAAGUUCAUCAUCAACAAUGAUAAGUAAUGAUGAACGACGACGAGAACUUGAUCUUGUUUUAAAACAUUUAUAUGAUGGAAAAUUAUUAACAUCAAUCAAUGAUGAUCGACCAUCAUCGGAUGUUUCGGAAUCAUCAAUUCCUAUUUUAAGUAAAGGACCAAUAACAAAAACGACAACAACAAUUAAAAAUGAUGAUGAUAGUAAAAUUAAUGUUGGAAAUAUGGAAAUACUUUCACUUGAUGAUGAUUGUACUUCACUUCAACGUGAAUUACAAGAAAAAGAACUUGAUAUAAUACAUUUAAAUAAAGAAAUUCAAGAAUUACAAUUAGAAAAUAAAUUACUUAAAGCUAAAGUACCAGUUAUGUAUCAAAAUGGUCAUACAAUUAAUAAUACUGAAACUGAAGUACUUCGUCGUGAAAAAGAUGUUUUACAAAAUGAAUUACGUUCUCAUCAAGAAUUAAUUGCAAAACUUCAACAUCAACAACAACAAAAUGGUGUUAUUAAUCGUGCAAAUAAAUUAGACGAUGCUACUUUAUAUCAAAAAGAAGCAUUAGAAAAAAAAUUAAAAGCUUAUGAAAAACAAAUGCGUGCAUUAACAAAUGAUAAUGAUCUAUUAAAACAACAUAUACAACAAACCGAUCGUACAAUGACUCAAUUAAAACGAGAAAAUGAAGAAUUACAACAAAAACUUACUGAUGCUAAAAAACGUAAUGAUGAAUUACUUUAUCAAGAGUUUAAUUCACUUCGAAAUGAUUUAAAAAUGCUUAAACAACGAAAUGAUGAAUUAUUUGAAGAGAAUCAUCGUUUACAACAAGAUCAUCAACGACAACAACAUAAUCUUGCUUGGCGUUCAACUCUUCAACAAGCAUAUGCGAAUGAACCACAACAACAAAUAUCACCUAUUGAUAAUACAGUACCUUCAUCACCAUUAAAAUUAUCCAAUACAGAUUCAAGACGUGAACGUUCGAAAGUUAUUCGAAGUGAAAGUCCAAAUUUAUCGGAAGGAAGUGAUUCAACAAAUUAUUUAACAACUGUUAGUGUUGAACGUUAUAAUAAUCGACCAGUAACAUCAAUGCAUCGAUCAACAGCAAUCGAUGGUAAUAAUCAUCAUCAAACAUCAAGAUAUCCAUCAACAAUAGGACAAGAAGAAUAUCAUCGAAAUAAUUAUACAAAUUCAGUAACAAAACCAAUUGAUCCACAAUUAAAUUAUCGUUCAUCAAAACCAAAACGUUCUGUUGAAUGGGAUGAAGAAAAUAUUCAACAGAAUGAAGGACUACAACAUCGAAAUAUGGGAAAUUAUGACAAUCAAUAUCGUUCACAACGACAACAUCCAGCGGAUGGAACAAAUGAUUAUAUGACUCCAUCACUACCAUCACAAUCAUCAUCGUCAUCUCAUUUAUAUCAACAAAACUAUGGUCUUAGUCGAAGUGUUACAGUACCUGAAUCUCAACAUCAGUCACGUCGUUCUAAUAGUUAUACGAUGUCAAAUAGACAAAUGAAUGAUAACGAGGCUGAUAUACAUGAAGAUCGUCAUCAUGGUCGUCACCGUCGACCAAGUGUUGAAACAACUAGCCCACGACGUCCUUAUGCUCCAACAUCUAUUACUGAUAUUCGUUUAAAUGAUAUAAUUAAAUUUUCUCGGCCGGGUGGUAAAAUUAGUAAAGGUAUUGUUAAAUAUAUUGGUCCAUUACCAGGCAAAAAUGAUCAAUAUCUUGGCUUAGAAUUAGAAGAUGAAGAAAGUAAACAUGAUGGUGUUUAUCAAGGUCAACGUUUAUUUCAAUGUAAACCGAAUAAAGGAGUAUUUGUUGGUUUUAGCAAAGUGAUUAUGGCAUGGAGUGGAAAAUAA